AUGAAUACGACAUUUUCGGCAAGCAAUGUUUACUGUAUUUUAUUCACAGCUGCACCAUUGAUUUGUCCAUUGCCAUCCAAUGGAACAAAUGAUGCGACUACAACUGAUCUGUGUACUGUGCGUCCUAGAUCUCCCUAUAUAAGUAAUGGUUCUUCUGGUAAUACUCCAACCUGUUAUACGACUGUCGAUAACCAGAAUGUGUACGUUUAUCCUGGAUAUUGUAAUUAUAUAUGUAGAAGUAACUGUGAUUGCGGACAAGACGGUGUCUGUGUUAAUGUUUCAUCCAAGGAAUGUGGCACACCUCCGUAUUAUGCAUGUGCUGUUAUAAUGAAUGGACAAAAUUGUAACAAAACGUUAAGACCAGCGAAUGGAAUAAAUACAACUGAAGGAGCAGGAGGAACACCAUUUGGUGGCUGUUUUUUUGGCCAAGAUGAAGUGUUACUUCUAAAUGGACACCAUCGAAAAAUUGAAGAUUUAAAUGUUGGUGAUCGUAUUUAUACAAUGAAUAGUUACAACAAUAAGAUUCAAGAAGACGAAAUCAUAAUGAUGAUGCAUGUAGACAAAAGAAUAACAGACGAUAUCGGAGCGAGUGGCUCUGAAAUAGAAAACUCCAGUUCAGAAGAAGAAGACGAAGAAGAUUUAUUGGAUAAUUGCUGGGACGAUGAAAUAGAUGACCAAGGUCAUUAUAGUGAAGAUAAUUUAUCAAAUGAAGACGAUGAUGAAUAUGUUUUAUCGAGAGAUUUAUCUCAAACACAAAGAGCGUCAUUUUCUGGUAUCCGGAUACAAUUUUUUUUCACUGAAAACAACCGUGGUCCGCUCUUCUAUUUAUUUUUAGCAUUAUUUUAUACAAUUGAAACUAUUACCGGCCAUCGUAUAACGGUUACACCAGAUCAUUAUAUUCGUAUUUCAAAUGGAAAAUAUUCAUCAGCCGAGCAAUUGACUUUAAAUCAUUUUGUUUACAUUCGUAGUGAGUCUUCAUUAUAUCCUGUACAAAUAAAAUCCAUAAUAAAAUCUUACAAAAAAGGUUUAUACGCACCGGUAACAUUAAGUGGUACAUUAUUAGUCAACGGCAUUGUUGCAUCAUGUUACGUUAAUGUGUUUGAUGGUACACAUGAUAUGAUGCACAUGGCACUCUUUCCAAUUCGUCUAUGGUAUCGUUUAUGGAAAAGAGGAUCAUACAGUCAUCAUGAUAAUGUUGAAAAUGGUAAUGCUUAUCAUUGGAUAAUUAAAAUAAUGAUUGAUUUUCAUGAAAUUGUUCGUUUCAUCUGGUCUUUAAGUGUAGCUUUGACAAUUUAUUUUGGUAUGGAAUUCCUUGUUCAAGUUUCUUAUCUUGUACAAGCUUUUACAAGUAAAAAGGUGCUUUAA